AUGAGCACCUCCAGGACCAGUGGCUCCAGCCCCGCCGUCUCACCUGCCGGCCCCGCUGCUGUACCUGACGGCCCCGCCGCUUCACCUACCGGCCCCGCCACUACCCCUACCGGCCCCGCAGCUGCAUCUCCCGGCCCCGCCGCCCCAGCAACUGCGCCGCCCCAGCAGCCGAGCCGCCCCAGCAGCCGAGCCGCCCCAGCAACUGAGCCGCCCCAGCAGCUGAGCCGCCCCAGCAGCCGAGCCGCCCCAGCAGCUGAGCCGCCCGAGCCGCCCGAGCCGCCCAGCAGCCGACCCGCCGAGCCACCCGAGCCGCCCGAGCCGCCCGAGCCGCCCGAGCCGCCCGAGCCGCCUGCACUGCCCUGUCUGGUGAGCACUGAGCUUUACUCUGCGCACUGCCCUUACCCCACUGCUGUCAUGGCUACCCCCAGUGUCCUCACCUUCGACGCCGAGGGCAGAGCCAUCGACUUUGACGUGUGGGUAGACGACCUGCUGCUUUUCCUACAGUGCGACAGAGCUGACGGCCUCUCUCUCUUUGAUCUCACUUCUGGUGCCUCUCCCGCCCCUGCUGCUACUGAGGAUGCCACUAUUCGCUCACAGUGGGCCACACGCGAUGCUGCUGCACGUCUUGCUGUGCGUCGCCACCUCCCUCCCUCUGAGCGUGCACACUUUGGGUCGUACAAGAGUGCUCAGACCUUGUACGACGCCGUUAUUGCACGCUACUCCACCCCUGCCACUGCUGCACUGAGCCGCCUCAUGCUACCGUACCUCUUUCCCGACCUUGCUUCUUUUGCCACAGUCGCCGACCUCAUUACCCACCUGCGCACUAGUGACGCUCGCUUCCGCGCUGCGCUUCCUGCUGAGUUCUGCGCCAAGAACCCCCCCCCCCCCCAGUACUUCACUCUCUACUACAUUGUCACCCGCCUCCCUGACUCCCUCCGCGGAGUCAGGGAUGACUUACUCUCAGUCUGCCCCACCACUCUCACUGUUAACCUCCUCGAGAAGUCCCUCCUAGCAGCCGAGAAGAGCAUUCUCGCUGUAGGGGCCUCUCGUGCUGACCCGCGCACCCCCAUCUUUGAGGGGUGUUCCCCCUCCCCCCUCCUGCCCUCUGUCGCCUCUGCUGCUACGGCCGACCUAGUUGGUUUUGAGUCGGUCGGUGCGGCGUCUGCCCCCAAUGGGAGACGUCGCUCUGGCAAGGGCAAAGGGGGCAGGAGCAGUGGUGGAGGCGGCGGGGGCGGUGGGAGCGGCUGUGGAGGCAGCGGAGGAGGUGGGGGUGGUAGCGGGAGUGGUGUCGGGAGUGGAGGUGUCAGCGGCGGCAGUGGAGGCGGGGGUGGCAGCGGCGGUGGUGGUGGGAGUGGAGGCGGAGGCGGCGGUGGCGGCAGCGACGGUGGGAGUGGCGCUGGCAGCGGAGGUGGUGGCGGCGGCGGCGGAGGAGGCGGCGGAGGAGGUCAUGGCUCUUCGCAGAGGAGUGGCUCCGGUGGCGGUCAGCGCCAACAGCAGCGGCAGCAGCGUGGUCAGGAGACCCUCUCCCCGCAGCAGCUCCGUGAGUGGUACGCUGCACGUCAGAGGGGUGGGGGUACUGGUCCGUGCACCUACGUCUUGCGCACGGGCGACCGUGCGGGUGAGCCGUGUGGUGGUCCACACCCCGCCCAGCGCUGCUUCGGCCGCCUGACUGACGCUUGGCGCCGCCAGUUUCCUGACGCCUCUGAGAUCCCUCGCUGGGACCAGCUGUCUAGGGCAGGAGUAGCUAUCUUUGAUCUUGACUUUGAUGCUAUUCUUGCUGCCAUGUAUGCUGUGACUAUUAGUGAGGAGGGUGACUGUUACCGGUGUUUCCCGCCCGACCCGGGCAUUAGUACUGCGACUCUAGGUGCUGUUGAGGCUGCUGCUCCAGGUGCUGGUGAGGCUGUCGCUCUAGGUGCCAGUGAGUCUGUGUCCUCAGGUGCUGGUGAGUCUGCUCUCUCAGGUACUACGUCGGCUCCGCCCUCUCUCACCUUCACUCUUGACUCAGGGGCGUCUCGCUCCUUCUUUUGA